UUCAGAAGUUUAACACAGUAGCUUAUACCUACCAAGAUAUCAAUUUUGCCAUAAACUUAUUCAGCCUCUUAAUUUCAGGUCAGUGUUAUUAUGUUGCUUUGAUAGUAGUUAUAAUUCCAGAACAAUAUUGACCAGAGAAAGUGAAAUAUUUAUUAGAUAACAUGACUGCCAUUGAAACACUUGUUAGCAUGGGCUUCUCGGAAAAAUCUGCUUCAUUUUUACAGAGCCCAUGCCAUAAAAGUUACUGGCAACAAAGGAGUUGAGGAGGCCAUGGAAUGGCUACUGGCCCAUGCUGAUGAUCCUGCGCUGCAGGAGUCGGUGGCUGGUACAGAUGACAACACGAAUCCUGCUACGCCCAGUGCUGCUGCUAGUGGAGAUGAAGCUGAAGGUUCCACUCCAAUGGAGACAGGUGAGGACAAGAAAACGUCUGAAGAGGACGCAGCAGCUGCAGCUGAGGCCAAAUCCAUCAGAUGUGAUGAUUGUGGGAAGCUGUUUAAAACCCCCGAAGAAGUCGAGUUUCACGCAGUCAAGUCUGGUCACUCUAGCUUCUCGGAGAGCACGGAAGAAAAAGCUCCUCUAACUGAAGAACAAAAAAAGCAGAAGUUGCUAGAGUUGGAGGAGAAGAUGAAAGCUCGGAGAAAAGCAAAGGCUGAAGAGGAAGCAAGAGAAGAGCGAGAACGUGAGAAGAAGAGGAUAGAAAUGGGCAAAAAUGUGGCCGAGCACAGAAGAAAGUUGGAGGAGGACGAGAUCCGCAAGCUGGCGGAGGAGAAGCGGCGCGAGAAGCUGGAGGACAAACUGGCUCGCCAGCGCGUCAAGGAACAGAUUGAGGCCGACAAGGAGGCGCGACGGCAGAAGCUGGCAGCUGCGACAGGAGCAGCUCCUGUGGUUGCUGCAGCAGCGCCCCCGCCUGCCGCAGCUCCCCCUGCUGCCCCCAAGAAAUCCUACGAUGAAACCAGAAUACAAUUCCGCCUACCGUCGGGGCCGCCGGUGGUGCAGACAUUCAAGGCUAAGGAGCCGCUGUCCGCCGUCAAGCUGUGGGUGACCAUCAACCAUCCGUGUCCUGACCCCAGCCUCACUGUGUCCCUCUCCACCACCUUCCCCCGGCAGGUCUUCUCUGAAGACCAGAUGGUUCAACCACUAGAGUCAUUAGGUCUCGUGCCAUCAUCUGUGCUUAUGGUCCAGUACAAGUAAAGUUUAUCGGGCAUUUUUUGGUUAAGUAAAGCUAAUUAUUUUAAUGGCACCGACGACGGGCGAUAAAAGAACAAUUCGGAAUAUUUAAGGAGCCGUCAAAUCCGUCACAUUCCCGUGUUACACCAAAAGCACCGAAUUUUGGUUGACAGCUUUGUCCGUGAGCAAAGCUUUAGUGCCUUCGUUGCCUUCGAUACGAAUUUGAUUGCGUCCUAAUUAAUAUCCAGGCCAAUUAUUCAGAGCAUGUAUCAGCAGCACUUCGUAUUGAUUAAUUACACUCAAGUGAUGUUCGCACAAAGAAAGUGGCGGCAGAAGCCGACCGGUAAGUCAAUGUACGACCUGUUCUGCAACAGCAGCGUUGGACGCUGUUGCUGCCGCGCCAUUUCUCUGACAGGUUAUUAUCAAACAUCAAAUAAAAUUAACUCAACAACG